UGUGUGUGUGUGCUAGAUGCGCUAUCCAUGAUUUAUGCACAGAAGUUGUUUUUGAAUGGCCAAAAUCGACCGCGACAAACACCCCACGUGAAAAGACGCACGGGGCACCCUGUGCUCACGUCACAAUAAUUGACCUUCAUUAGGGGAGAAAUCAUCAAAAUUGUGAAUAUUUCAGGUCGAAGAGGUGUCAGUCGAGUUACAGGAUCAAAAUGGGAGCCUACUUAUCAGAACCAAACGUGGAGAAGAUCUCAGAUGACGGAACUUGCGGGAAACUUUCGUACGGAGCCUCUGCAAUGCAAGGUUGGCGAGUUGGCAUGGAGGAUGCCCAUAACUGUAUCACCCAACUCACAGAUGACACAUCUCUGUUUGCAGUCUAUGAUGGCCAUGGAGGUGCGGAGGUUGCAGUUUACACAGCUCAACAGUUUCCCAAGCUGCUGACGAAUCUAAAGUCGUUCAAAGAUGGGGACAUCAACGCCGCGUUGGAGGAGGCUUUCAUGACCUUCGACGCAUCUUUAAAACAGAAGGCCAUCAUUGAGAAACUCAGAAGGAUCGCAGGAAUGGAAGAAGGGGAAGAAAAAGAAGAGGACGGAGAAACAGAGGCACUCUUGGAAGAGGCGGAACUACCAUUGGAACAACUCGUCGCUCGCUACUGUUCACAGCCCUCCAAGAGCAAAAGAGCGAAGAUCAAGCAGGCACACGCCAGCGACCUCCUCUCCCCCAUGAUCCAGAAGAAACAACCCAGGUUCCCCCUCACAGCCGUGAAUGGAUCGAUCCAAGACGGGGACGGGCCUGUGCCUAACAAGACUGUUCCAUUUGACGAGGAGGGGGAUGUGGUUUCAAAAGGAAAAGGGGACGAUGAGACUGUGGAUAGUGUCAACGGCCCCGGUGGGGAUAGGAGAAGGGAGGGGGAGAACGGAACGGACAGUGAUGAUGAUGAUGAUAUGGGUGAGGGGGGCGAUGAAAAGAAAGGGUCAGCGGAGAUUGGUGAAGGAGAAGGGUCAUCGGAGAAUGGGUCAUUGAAAACAGAAGUUAAGGAAGAGGAAGCAGGAUCAUCUGGAAACUCAGGGAGCCAUAAUGGCGAUGUACAGCAAAGUGAUACCAAAGAAUCGGGAUCAAGCAGCUCAGGAUCAAGUACCGACAGUAAGCCUAAGCUGGUUGUCCCACCAUAUCUAGACGACGACGAUGACAGCGACGAAGAAGACGAGGACUACCGAUCAGGAGAUGAUGAGGAUGAAGAGGAGGACGAUGAGGAGGAUGACGACGAGGAAGAAGAGGAAGGGGAUUUUGAUGUGGAGGGGGAGGAGGAAGGAGAUGAGGAAGAUGAAGAGGAGGACUACAGAAUGGCAUUGCCGGCUGGAAAAGAAGAGCCUGGCAGUGACAGCGGAUCCACAGCAGUCGUUGCGCUUCUCAGAGGAAAGACACUCACCGUGGCUAACAUAGGGGAUUCACGUUGCGUCCUAUCGCGGGACGGGAAAGCCCUCGAUAUGUCGUACGAUCACAAACCCGAGGAUGAUAUCGAGCUGAGGAGAAUAGAGAAGGCCGGCGGGAAAGUCACUCCCGAUGGAAGAGUCAACGGGGGACUCAACCUCUCCAGAGCUUUCGGUGAUCACUGUUACAAACUGACAACCUCACUACCUCCAGAAGAACAGAUGAUAAGUGCCUUCCCGGACAUCCAGACUGUCACACUUACAGACCAAGAUGACUUCAUGGUUGUAGCAUGCGAUGGCAUCUGGAAUGCCAUGACAAGUCAAGAGGUGAUUGACUUUGUUAGGAGUAGACUAGAGAACUCGGUAGAGACGGACCAAACUAAUAAACUUUCCAAGAUCUGUGAAGAGCUCUUCGACUUCUGCCUAGCACCCGACACAUCCGGUGACGGCACAGGGUGCGACAACAUGACCUGCGUCAUUGUACAAUUCCACAGCAACAACGCAGACUCCCUCUCAGGUGCUACAGUCGGCGGCAAGAGAAAAUCGGCCGAGGACAAACCUACAGAUACAGAUAGCAAGAAGCCGAGACAUUGACAUUUGACCUUUGGCCUAUGCAAGCGUGUCUUCGCCCUGAUAAGCGGAAGCCAGCCCAGUAAGAUGAGUUAGUUUGAAUCAAAAGCAGAAAUACGAUGGACGACCAAAAAUCAGUGAAUUUUUUGGGGAAAUCCGAUGUUGAAUAAAAAGAAUAUGUGUUUCAAUUUGUUAUUUGUAAACUCAUUACUAGGUGAGUUUUCAUUCCAUCUCCUGUGUCUUCAUACUCUUGUGUCCCUUGGGCCACGGAACACAAAGGUUAGCAAUUAAAGGGAAAUGAAACCUU